GCGGCGGCAGCAGCAGUAGCACCAGCAGCACCAGCAGCAGCAACAGCACUGCCGUUCGCUACCACCUCCUCGACUUCGUCACGUCUCUCUUUCUCUCUUCCUCUCCCUCUCUAAUUCUCCUCUCUCUUUCCUCCACACGUCGGGGUGCACAACACCCCCGCCCUCCUCGACUCGUCGCACCAACCCUCUCACGCGCGCCUCGGCGCCUCGUCCUCCUCCGGUGCCGAUGCCGCAGUACCGACUGCUUUCCGCGGAAGGUGGAAACCCGUGUAACGCAGCCGUAUAUAGAUUUUCAAUUAGUCAAGGGGCGGCCGUGGAGAAAAUUAUGUGUCGCGUGUCACCACGAGUCGCCGCAAGUACUUGAAACAUUCGUUGCUACCGCCGCCACUGUCAACGCUGUCGUGCUCUUUGGAUUUUAUACUACUCUUUACCGACGCGCGAUUCUCGUGUUGCGCGCGCGAGUGGGAAGCCUCGUGCCGUCUCUUGCGCGCGAGUACCGCGUUGCGUCGCGCGCGUGUUCUCGUUCGUUCGCUCGGCUGGCCAACGUAAAAAGAUCGAUUUCCUCGCACCGGCGACUCUCCAACGCAUUCGCGCGAAACGCGUUUGAAAAGAAAAAAGAAGAAAAAAAAAAAGUACCGAAAAAAAAAACGCGCUUGCGAAUUCGCUGCGGCCGACGAUUUACCGGGGAUCACGUUGUGGACUCGAUCCUUCCCUCUUCUUCCCCCCCUCCCCCCGUCCUGUGUGAUGACGACUCACUACGAGUGAUGACGGUCGCGGGAGUUAGGAGAUAGGUCGAUCUCCUUUGCCUGUGCCGCCGUCGUGUUGCGCUGCGCCGCGCGCCGCGUCGCGUUGCGUCGCGCCGCGCCGCGCUGAGCGCGUCAUCGUCGCGGAACGUUCCCGGCGAUCUUGGAGAAUCAGGAUCACUCGCGGGAGCGAGGAUGUUGCGCGCGGCCUUCGCCGUUCUACUAUCCCGGCUCCUCGUAUUGUCGUCGCUGCUGAUCUAUUCAGGCGUCGUCGUCGUCGUUAUCGCCCUACGCAUGACGUCCCUGCAGAUACCGGAGCACGUCGUGCUGAAUGAGACGGUGCGCAUGCAGUGCAACUUUAACUUGGACAAAGAGCUAUUGUACUCCGUAAAGUGGUACAAGGACGGCCACGAAUUUUAUCGCUAUACGCCCAAAGACGCGCCCAUGGUGCUAACAUUCCCGGUGCCUGGCGUAAACGUAAACAGGGACGAGUCCACUGAGAGUUCGGUUGUCUUGAACAACGUGAAUCUGACGAGCUCGGGGAGGUAUCGAUGCGAAGUGUCGGGCGAGGCCCCCGCCUUUGAGACAGUCUCUGAUCACGGGGACAUGAUUGUAGUUGUUCUACCUAACGAAGGACCGCAGAUAACCGGUGGUCGUUCCAAGUAUCAAGUCGGCGAUGUCGUUCACAUGAACUGCACGUCGGCACCUUCUAAACCACCUGCGCUAUUGUCUUGGUUCAUCAACGACGAGCCGGUUAACACCGACUACCUGAUAGGACCCAAUAUCGUCACCGAAGAGAACGGCCUGGAGACCGCGAGACUCAGUCUGAAAUUCCGCGUCGCGAUCAAGCACUUCAGGCGAGGCGACAUGAAGCUAAAGUGCUUGGCCACAAUAGCCACGGUCUAUUUACAGAGCAACGAGGAAAGCGUGGAGGGCGAUGAGAGCGUUCUGAAAACGCCUAUAAUGGAGAGCCGCGAGACUCGGGCGCAGAGCCACACUCGCGAGGAUCUGACGAACGGAUCCGCAAGUGUUGCAGUCCAAUGGACGAUCCUCGUCGUCGCUCUGAUCACAUCGAUCGCAGUUGCGCGAUAAUAAUGACGAACGUUUAUUUUCCUUUUCUUUCUUCUCCCCUUUCUUUCCUUUUUCCACGUUGCUUCCUAAUCAUGUAAACGUUAGGAGAGAUCGGUUUCACCCUAUCUACUACUUCCUAAUUCGCAUAAAAUAAAGCGAUACCAAUAUGCAUAUAAUAAGUGUACACGUCCAUUUACGCAUCGUC